AUUAUUUUCUUAAUUGUUGAUGUAGAACUUGCCCUUAUUUUACCUAUAAUCUUAAUUAUCCUAAUUAUUGGUCAUGAAUGAAAUCAAGGAAUAUUAGAUCGAUCAAAUUAG